CCCUUUUGUCUGCAGGCGGACUCCAUACCGCACACAGCGCUGCAACCGCAACCGCAGAGGAAGCCACGCCCCCUCGUCGGCCCGGGUUCCUCCUCCUCCGCCUCCUCCUCCCCGCCCUCCCGCACGUACACGUGCGCGCGCUGGGUUGAGACUCCCAGGGCAGGAGCGGCGCGGCGACUCCCAGACGUCAUGGCGGCCGAGCUGAGCGACAUGGCGGAGCCGCCCGCGGUCCUGCCGCCGCCUUCCUCUUCCUCCUCUUCCUCCUCCGCGUCGCCCUCGAGCGGAGACGCUGCCGAAGAGACGGCCGAGAGCGAAGCCGCCUCCGUCUCUUCCUCCUCCACCUCCGCGGCGGGAGUUGAGGCCGAGCCGCCCCCAGCGGCGCUGAACGGCGAAGGGGCAGAAAGCAUGUCGGAGCCCAGCCCGGAGAGCGCCAGCCAGACCGGAGACGGCGACGACGAAGAGGAGGAGGACGGCGACGACGAAGAGGAAGACGACGAGGACGAGGAGGAAGACGACGACGCCGAGGACGAAGAGGAGGAGGAGGACGAGGAGGAAGAGGAGGAGGAGGAGGAAGAAGAGGCCGAGGCCGGCAGCAGCUCCGGCUCCUCCAGCGGCUGCUGCACCGACGACACCCGCUCGCUCAGCCCCGGCGGUAGCGAGGCCGACGUCAAGGGCGACUCGGGCGGGGCCGGCGUAGGCACGGGCGGAGGGCCUGACGGCUCCGGCGACGGCGGCAGCAGCGGCGGCGGCGGGGACUCCAACGCGGGGGGCGGCAGCAGCGGAGGAGCCUCGGCCGGGGCUGACGAGGGCUACGGCACGGGGAGCGGCGGCGGCGGCGGCAGCAGCUCCUGCAGUGCCACGUCGGGCGGCCGCAGGGGCAGCCUGGAAAUCUCCUCCGACGGGGAGCCGCUCAGCCGCAUGGACUCCGAGGACAGCAUAAGCAGUACCAUAAUGGAUGUAGACAGUACAAUUUCCAGUGGACGUUCAACUCCAGUCAUGAUGAAUGGACAGGGAGUGACGACUUCAUCUGCAAAAAGUAUUGCUUAUAACUGCUGCUGGGACCAGUGCCACUCUUGUUUCAACUCCAGUCCGGAUCUGGCAGAUCACAUUCGGUCCAUACACGUAGAUGGUCAGCGAGGAGGGGUAUUUGUUUGCUUAUGGAAAGGCUGCAAAGUGUAUAACACACCAUCAACAAGUCAGAGUUGGUUACAGCGGCAUAUGUUGACCCAUAGUGGGGACAAACCUUUUAAGUGCGUUGUGGGAGGUUGCAAUGCUAGUUUUGCUUCCCAGAGUGGACUGGCUCGGCAUGUACCAACACACUUCAGUCAGCAGAAUUCUUCAAAAGUUACCAACCAGCCAAAGGCAAAAGAAGAGUCUCCUUCUAAAGCUGGAAUGAACAAAAGAAAGAAGUUAAAGAACAAACGGAGGCGCUCCUUACCAAGACCUCAUGACUUCUUUGAUGCACAGACCUUGGACGCCAUACGGCAUCGAGCUAUUUGCUUUAACCUUUCUGCUCACAUAGAAAGUUUGGGAAAAGGCCACAGUGUUGUAUUUCACAGUACGGUAAUAGCUAAAAGGAAAGAGGACUCUGGAAAAGUUAAGUUGCUGCUUCACUGGACUCCAGAAGAUAUUCUUCCUGAUGUGUGGGUAAAUGAAAGUGAAAGGCAUCAGUUAAAAACUAAAGUAGUUCAUUUAUCAAAACUGCCAAAAGAUACUGCUUUGCUUCUGGACCCAAACAUAUACAGAACAAUGCCACAGAAGAGGUUGAAGAGGUAAAAAUCGACUUGGUGGGGGCACCUAACCUACCGUCUUAAUCACUGACCAUGGAAUUAGAAUUGCACAUUCCUUGAGUCCUUUACCUUUAUCUACUCACACACAGACACACAAAUACACAGGCACACACACCCUCAGACAUGGCACACCCACCCCCUCUGUGUCCAACUGCUGCCAGCCUAUGAUUGGUCUAACCAUUCUGUGAAUGAAAUUGAAGCAUCUUAUGGAAUAUAUUAUAUAUAAACGUCUAACAUACCUUUCAUGGGACGGUACAAUGGUGAAGCUUCUCUGGCACGCUCACCAGUGUUUUUUGUUUUCAGUGACUUUUUUGAAACUUGUAUUGGAUGAAUUGGCAAUCGCUGAAUUGUCAGUUGAAAACCCAUCCUAGUCGUCGUUACUCACAUUUUUUAAAAGAAAAUAUAUGGGGGGUGGGGGUAAGCAAACUCUUGAAAUCUCAUCAUUGAUAAGCAACAGCCAGAGAGAAUUCUUGGUGAAGCAUCUCCGUUCUCACUUUAGUGAACUUGUAGUGUCCAAUCACAUAACCUUAAGUGGUGGUAUCAUGUUUAAGCAAAAUGGUGGUGGCAUACUUUGAUUUUUAUCAGAAUUAUAUUCAUUCAUUCAUUCGUUCAGGGGAAGUUGAUCAAUGUUAGGUGUUGCUGUAUAUCCAGUCCUCUUCGUAAGAUAUUACUGUAUAUCCAUCAGACUUUAAUAAUAUGUAUACAAAAAAGAAGAAGAAACAACAUUGGUUUUAUAUUCUAUUUGGCUUUUAAAACUCCAGCUUGCUUUUACAGAUUAUAUUGUCUCCCUUUCCCUCCUUUUGGCCUAAAUGUUUCUGUUUGUCAAAAAAGAAGUAUUUUUUAAAAAGAAGCAUUUAAAAAUACAAUCGUUUAUGCACCAAAGUUGGCUAUGAAAAGAAUUAAAUUGCUUCCUCACUUUAUUAAGCAAGGAUUUACGAUUUUUUUUUUAACCCUACAGAAAUAGAAAACUUGUGUACUUUGUCUUGUAUUGAGACAAAAAAAAAGUUGCAUAUAGAGAAUGAGACAUUGCUUGUAAAUAGUUUUGCAGAUUUGUAAUAUAUUUUUAUAUCACAAAAUGUAGAUGUUUUUCCCUAGAGGCAUGGAAGUUAAAAUGUAUAUAUUAUGGUAGAAAUAAUAUUGAAGGAUAUUGUAUGUCAUUAGCGCUGCCAGAAUUUGUUUAAAGCAAGCACCUUUCUUAACAAUAAUAUGUCUCUUGGAUUUCUAAGAGACUCUAUACUACUGUUAAUAAGAACAAAACACAUUGAUAUCCUUUCAGAAAUCUUUGAAGGAUGCAUAAUAUCCAUAGAAGGUUUAUAGCACCUCACUGCUGAACAUGGAUAUGAAAUCAAUCUUUUUCCUUGCUUGUUGGAAGGAACAAAUGUAAAAUAAAUGACUUAAUAAGGUGGCUUAUAUGCAGUCAAACUGCAUGUUUAACCUAACCCUUCCUGUUUAGGAGGAUUUUGUUUUUAUUUUUAUUUUAUUUUAUUUUUUGCAUUACUACAGCGACUUUUUUACACUAUUUUUUUUUUUUAAUUAAACAGCAAAUAAAUUAAAGUCUAAAGUUUUGGGAGAUAGAAGGUUGUUGUUUUUUUUCCGAAUUGUAUAAGGAGAGCUGCCUUAAUGAAGGUAAAAUGCUUGUUUGUUGCCUGGUGGAUUUAGAAUGUUUUCACAAACAUUUAAAUUUUAUUAUUGUGCAGAUUUAGAAGCACUGCUGACAUGGAAUGGUUUUGGAAUACCGUAGUUGUUUGACAAUGGUAUUUCAUAAAGAUCUGUGGCAAUGUUAACUAUUUAAAACAGAUGCCGUGUUUGUUUUGUCUUUUGUUUUUAAUUUUUGCUUAAGCACUUCAGUUACUGCUUUAUCUUCAUUAAAUGGUCAUCUGUAAUUGCUUGGGUUCCCUUUCUUUACAUUGCCAAAUAGGUGUUUUUCAGAUAUAGUUUGUAUUUGUAUUUUUUUAAGUCUUAUUGUUUCAUGAAUCUCUUGUAUGCCAUUCAUAAUUGACAGAUGAUUGUAGACUUUUCUGGAGUAUUUUUUCUAAUAAAAGAAAGCAAACGCAA